AUGGAACCCAUCAAUAAUAGUAAUAAUAAUAAUAAUAACAAUGGUGAUGAUAGUAAUAAUAUCAAUCCUGAUGUUAAUAAUAGUAGUAGUAGCAGUAGUAGCCCAAUUAUAAUUAAUCAUAAUAGAGGUAAUAGUAAUAAUAAUAAAUCUUUAUUAUCUGAUGCAUUAAAACAGCAACAACAACAACCUAAAACAUACUCUCAAAACAACAAAUCGAUAUACAUGUACAGAAAAAUGACAAUGUUACAACCACCAUCUCCUUUACUUUCAACAACCAUAAAUGGAGGAGACUCAUCUGCUGCUUCAACCCCAACCUCUUCUUUAACUCUUAUGCAGCAAUACUCUUCAUCUCUUCCAAACAACAAUAGCAUUAGAUUUAGUAACGAUGAUAGCAUUGUCGGUGGUGUACCAUCUAUAUCAUCAUCUUCAUCAGUUACAUCAACAACAACAACAACAAUUAAUAACGCAGUAAUCGAACAAUAUGGACGUGACGGUGGUGGGAAUGGAUGGAAAUUAGGUGUGCCAAGAAUAAGGGCGGCUUCCUUGAUCAAUUCCAAGAGACCACUACCACCUCCUACUUUUGUAUUAAAUAAUCAUAAUAACACCUCUACCACAAAUACCUCUACCACUACCACCACCACUCGUAGCACUACUAUAAACAUUGUGCAAAAUGCUACACCCAGCAACCUCCACCACCAUCUUCAUAGUGUUGCAUUUUCACCACCCCAGCAUUUGCCUUUUAAUUACAACAAAAACAUUAAUAAUAGUAAUAAUAAUAAUAAUAAUAAUAAUACUGCGCCAUCUUUUAUUUUGAAUAAAAUAGAUCAUAACCAUAAAAACAAUAAUAAUAUAAAUAACAAUAGUAGUAGUAGUGAUCCAGAUUCUGGAAUUGAAUUUGAUAAAUCAAAUAGAUGUGAAGAAAACAAAAAAGAAGAUAUUGUAAAUAAUAAUAAUAAUCAAAAUAAUCAAAAUAAUAAUAUGAUGGCAAACGAACAAGAAGAUAUGGUAGUUAUAGAAUGUUCAACUAGAAUUAGAUCCAAUUCAAUUGGAGGAGGAGUUGGGAACAGCAGCAAUCCGACAUCACCACGCGGAGCUAGGAAACAAACUAUCAUUUCCAAAUUUAAAGAUUUUAUUCAUCCAACCACUACUACCACAUCAUCCUCCUCAACUCCAACUACACCAAUCAUGACUAGUUCAUCGCCUUUAUCACCUACUAAAUUAAUGACAAAAGAAAUCCUUUCACCACAUUCAAUAUCAUCAGCAAUGGGAAAAGAGGCAGAUAUUAUCAAUAUUUUUAAUUUGCCAACUAGUGAAAGGGCCAUUUCUGAACAUCCAUGUGCCUAUCGAAGAAAAGUUUCAAAAGCUGGUAAAAUCUAUAUUACCACUUCUUAUUUUUGUUUCUAUAGUUUGAUUUUUAAUAGUGAAAUUAAAAAAUUAUCAUUAUUUACAGAUAUUAAAAGUAUUAAAAAAGUUUCAAGUAUAAUUAUUGGUAGUUCAAUUGAAAUUACUACUUUGGCAAUGAAAAAAUAUGUAUUUGGAAUGUUUGAAAAUACAGAAAAUGCAUAUACGUCAUUGAUAAAACAAUUUAAUACAUGUAAACAACAAUUGAAUAGGAAAUCAAAAUUAAAUAUUCAACCAAUUAGAAUAUUAUCAACAGUAAAGGAAGAUGAUACUUGUAAUGAAGAUGAUGAUGAUGAUGAAGAAGAUGAAGAUGAAGAUGAAGAUCUUGAACAAGAUCAAGAACAAUCAGAAUCAGAGUCUGAAAAUUUUGAUACCAAUGAUGAAGAGGAAGAAGAAGAAUUAAAGACUAUAAAGAGAAGAAGAAAAUCAAAGAAAUUGAGUAUCAACCUUUCACAUCUUUUGGAUCAUCGAAAUAAUAAUAAUAAUAAUAAUAAUGGUGGUGGAUCCAAUUCUUCUUCUGGUAGAAUUAGAUUUACUUCAAUAUCUGUAUCAAAGAAACCACAAACUAUUGAAUCAAAUGGUAGAACAAGAAGUGGAUCAUUACCAAGUUAUCCUCUUCCACUUGCAAAUCUUAUUGGAGGUACUCUUAGACUAUCAAAAAGAAAACAACAAAAAGAAGAUUACCUAUUAUCACCAGAAAAGAUUUCUCCUCCUCUUAUCAUUGAAGAAGAUGAAAAGGAAAAAGAACAUGAACAAGAAAAAGAAUCGACGACGACAAUUGUAAAUCAGUUGGAUGGUGCAAAUGAGGAAAUUGGACAUGAAGAUACUAAUGAUACUUUUGAUACCUUUGAAAGUAAAACACCACCACCACCACUUUUACCAAUUCUGGCACCACCACCAUUACCAUCAAUUCAUCCAGCACCAGUAUCACCACCACCAACUCCUUCAUCUACAAGAAAUCAACUUUCUAAAAGUUUGGAAAAUAUUACAUCCGAGCUCGAUCAACCAAUUAAUUUGGUUUCUAGUCCACCACUAGUUUCAUCACCACCACCAACCCCAACUGGAAGAGAAAGAUCAGGUACAUUAUUAAGUCAAUUAAUGACACGAGUAAAGAUUACAACUGUAAAAAACAAAGAAUCAUUGGAUCGUAUCAACAAGAUGUUGAUAUCUAGAUCCCAUUCUACCAAUGAAACAGUUCAUCAAUAUCGUAACGAAGCCAUCUUUGGUGUUCCCAUUGAAGAAACUCGUCUAUCUGAUGAUUCACCAUGUCCAUUAUUCAUUACUAAAAUCAUUGAAUAUUUUGAUGAACAAUUAGAGGAGGAAUCUGAAACUAUAGAACUUUAUAAUAUUUAUUUAAAUGAAAAUUUAAAUGAAUCGACAGAAGAAUUGGAAACACUUGUCAAAUCAACGACACCAGGUAAAGAAGAUGCAUAUAGAUCAAUGGAUAAUAUUCAAGUCUUGACAGUUGUUCAAUUAUUGGUUCAUUUUUUCAAACAAUUACCAUCAUCUAUUCUUCCAAGUGAGGAAUUAUUAACAUCGACUGUCUGCGAAGUGGAAGAUAUUGAUUACAAAUCAUCAUGUAUACGUUCACUAUUAUUUUCUCAAUCUCAAAUUCAUUGGACAACCUUUUCUGUAUUUAUUCAACAUUUAAUUAAAGUUAAAGAGAAAUCUUUACAACAACAAGAAACAAUUGUGAAUGGAAAACAAUUGUUGGAAAUGGAAAAAUCAUUUUAUUUAAAAAUGAGUCAAAUAUUUGGUCCAUUAUUAUUACAAACUACAAAUGAUAUUGAUAAAUCAAAAUCAAUUGAUUUAUUUAAUUUUAUUUUUCAAAAUCAUUUAAAUAUUUUAUUUGAUGAAGAAAAUGGUAUACAAUAUAUAAUUAAAAAAGGAAAACAAGUAUUAAAGAUUGUGACUAUAGAAAAAUUGAUAUUAAAAUUGACAGAUAUCUAUUACAAGGAUGAAUCAUUGUUGGAAACAUUUAAUCUUACACAUUGUGAUUAUUUUAUUUCAACAAUCAAUUAUAUAUCCAAAUUGACACGUAUCUAUCAAGGUAUUGGUUUGGAUAGUGGAUUAUUUGCUGCGCGUCGACGAGAAAGAAUAUUGUUGCUCAUCAAAUCAUUGGUAGAAUCUAAACCAUUGUAUUGGUUGACAGAGGAAGGUUCAGAAACUGCCAAACAAAUUCAAUUAUUUACAAAUGAAUUUAUUGGUAAAAGUUCCUACGAAGAAAGUAAACAACUCAUCUAUUUGGAUGAUUUUACAAAAUAUCUAUUAGAUUCAAAUCCAAAUAGUAAUUCAAAUAGUUUAAAUAAUUCUGGUGAAAUUUCAUUGACCAUUAAUAGCAAUAGUAAUAAUACGACAAUGGCAACCACUCCACCAUUAUCACCAACUUCAUCUUCAUCUUCUCCAUUAUCACCUUCUCCAUUUACCUCUUCUCCCAAUUUAUCCUCAGCUCAACAACCAAAUCUUUCACCAAACCUUUAUAGUUCAAAUCAACCAAAUAAUACUCCAGUUUCAAUUUUAAAAAGACCACUUAGACGAAUGACUAUCACUUCUUCUUCAUCAUCUUCAGUUCAACCAAAUAAUUUAUCAGUCCCUCCAAAUUCUAAUACUUCUUCUUCUUCUUCUUCUUCUAAUAAUAAUAAUUUUAUAUUAGCAGCAACAAGAAGUACAUUGAGUGAUAAUAAGAAAUUUAAUUUAAUUGAUUUGGAUAGUACAGAGGUGGCCAUUCAAAUGACAUUGUUGGAUGAAAGGGCAUUUAAACAAUUACCUGUGAGUGAAUUUUUAAAGCAAAGAUUUACAAAGCCAGAAUCAAGUCCCAAUUUCCAAGCAAUUGUCAAACUAUUUAAUCGAUGGAGUUCAUGGGUUGGAUCAGAAAUCCUUUGUAGUUCAAGUGCCAGUCAUCGUGCAUUGGUCAUUGAAAAGUUUAUAGAUAUUGGUCAUUCACUGCUUAAUCUCAAGAAUUUCCAUGCUUCCUAUGCCAUUAGUACCGGGUUGGGACAUUAUGCCAUUCGUCGUAUCAACUUGACAUGGGAAAAGGUAUCGAAAAAGGCAAUGGCUCAAUACCAAUUACUUCAACAAAUCUUUUCAACCGAAUCUAAUCACAAACGUUAUCGUGAAUUAUUAUCCCAAAGUAAAUCACCUGUACUCCCAUACCUUGGUCUCUACACUAAAGAUAUUAAAAACUUGGAAGGUAUGGAGAAAGGUACCAUAUCCAAUGCGACAACAUGA